UCUUUAUGUUGAUCUUGAGAUUGAGAGGUAAUGGUUAAGUAGCGGAGUGACAAGGCUGUUUCCCAUACGUUCUUUGGGACUGAUUUUAAUUUAUCGCUAACACCAUAAGUUUGAAUUGAGGAUUGUAUAUUAUCAGAAGAGAUGUUAAUUUGAUCGGAUACGGUUUUGUCUAAUUUAAUAGACCCAUCGGGUUUUUGGUUUUCUACGAUCUUCUUGGUUGUUUCAGGAGUGGUUGUUGAUUUAAGAUUAAAAAGUGUAGAAGAUACAGUAUCAGCGGUAUGUUGUACGGUAUCGGUUGUGUAUUUAACUGCACUACCAAAAUACGAGCCAAUUCCACCUAAUCCCCAACCUUUCUUUUCUUUCUUUUGUUCUCUUUUUUCUUCAGUAGAUACUUUGAUUGUUUUUUCAGAGACUGUUUUAAUAACAUAUUUUUCACAAGAUUCUAAAACUUCUUUUUCUAAUUUUUCAUCCUUGAUUUGUUCAUGCAACCAAGCGCGGGCUUUUUCAUUUUGA